GAAGGCUGCUCGUUUAAACACCUCGAGGGAGUCGCUCAGGAUUGUCAAAGUGGAAUAAAAUCAGCCUGAGUGAUGAAUCUCAAGGCCAAAAUGCUCCUUGAGGACGAAUAAAAAAUGUGAAUUUUAAGCUCUUUAGCUUCAUUUACUGCCUGAGAAAACAGCUGACACACUAAUCACCUCGUCAAUAAAUCAUCUGUUGAACUGCAUCAUACUUUAUAUCAGAAAAAGAAAGUCGUUCACUGUUCCAAACAAUAGUUAUUGAGUUUAGUCAUCGCCUGAUGUUUAUCGGUUUGAUGUAUGUUUUGGUGAUACUUUUUGAUUUAUUGUCUUAACGUUAUCCUCUUUCUUGUGUUUGACUGUGAACACAUUGAGAGACAAUAAUAUAAUCGAUAUUUCACACAUUAAUUCUUUGAGGGACAUGAAUAUCCGUCCCAAAUUUCUUGGCAAUCUCUCCAAUUAUUGCAAAGACGUUUCACUCAAAACCACAACUGACAACCUCACGGUCAAAGUUAGCAGGUGUUAUUGUCUGGGGAAGAAGUGGAAGCAUUGACCUGCUGUUGGUGAUAAAGGAAACAUUAAUAGGAGAUCACCAAAGUCUUUAGAAUUAAUUCUCUGGGGGACAUGAAUAUCUGUCAAAAGUGCUAAGCAAUCGGUCCAAUAGUUGCGAGAUAUUUCUGAUAUUUAAGUCUGGACUAAAGACUAAAGACCAACCAACAGCCAUCCAGAGAGCCAUCCAGAGAGCCACAUGAGUAUUCACUACCUCUUCUUCUUCUUCUUCUUCUUCUUCUUCUUCUCUCACUGUGUCCCUCUCCCACCAGCAUGGCCUGGGGUUCCUUCACCUGCUGCAUGGCUGCCUCUGUCACCACCCUCAACUCCUACACCAAGACGGUGAUCGAGUUCAGACACAAGCGCAAGCUGUUUGAGCAGGGCCUGCGUGAGGAGCAGAAUUACCUGGACCAGGAGGCCUUCCACUACUUCCAGGACCGCUCCCUCCAGUCCAUCUCCAGCACCGUGGAGGUCUACCCGGGUCACGGCGGAGCCAGAGCCGGGCUCGUCGUCGGGGGCCCGGUUCCCGGUCCGGGUCCGGGUCCUGGCCCCGGGCGAGGAAAGAUGAGAGGCACGUCGGCCUCCAUAGACCUGGGGGAGAACACAGACUCGCUGGGGGAGGAGCAGUGCUGAGAAUCCGUGAACGGUUUCUUCCACCGAACACGAAAGCACAGCAGCCCUUAUUUUCUGUUUGAGGAAGAUUAUUAACUCAUCGAGAAGAGACGGAGUCAAUGAAUUAACUAGACGGAUAUUUUCCUUAUAUAUCAACUAAAAAUCUAUAUAAUGUGUGAAAAAACAGAAAGAUCUGACUUUGAGACCUGGGAAAAAGAUCCUUCGUGGACGGGAAGGUGUUCUCCAGCAUAAGUCAAGGUGCUAUGUGUAGUAUUUCAACAGGGUUGUUAUAAAUUUAGAUGCAUUAAAAGUGGGCCAGAAGCGGCAAUUACAAAAUAAAAGGUUAUUCAGAAGAGCAGCAACAAAAGUAGAGAGCCGUUAAAUGUCAGUUACACAGGAAUAUCUACCGUAAGUUUUCUAACGUGAGCCUCCACAGAGAGGCGAAGUCUUGCCUCUUCCGGUGGACCACCAUGGGACCUUAUGUCGGGAAAAAAUAUGUACGAGUAGGGUCAUUUUCUCAUAGACUUCUAUACAAUCGGAGGAGUCGCCCCCUGCUGGACAUUAGAGAGAAUGUAAGUAUUAAGACAGUUCUGCAUUGACUUCACUCGGCAGAACCGGAGGUUACCGGCUGAUUAAAAGAGUAGCUGGAUAAAACACGUCAGGGAAGAUAACGUUACAUUAGGAACACCGCUAAGUUAGCUAGCGACAUAGGCGAGGUAACGGCCAUUUUAGUGUUGCUGACGUACAUUGUGCGAGAUGAGAGAUGUAGUUCAAUGAUCGGUUUCACACUAAACUAACUGAUGCUACGACAAACUGCGACUUUCUUGACGUGAAAAAUUAUCUUUUAAAUUGACAAACAUCGUAAGUGUAAUUCAUGGCACAACUGAAACAGGAUCAAAAAAAUAUAUUUGUCUCUCGCCGUUGACUACCGUAGAUAUUCUUGCAGAAAUAAGGUCCCAUGGGGGACACCGAAAGGGGCGGGACUUAGCCUCUCUAUAUAAGCUGUCAAUCAUAACAGACCAAGUGAGGCCCUGAUCAGACAGCACGCUUUGCACAGCUUUUUUUGCAACCAACGAAUAAGUGCUAACGUUAGCUUAACACAAACCAUGAACUGUACGCUUCCUGAAAGUUAAUAGUGCAGUUUAAAUAACAGAAAACAGCUUAUUGGAAAUCUCAAGAACAGCAUUAAAUAUAGCUUUUUGCGUUUGUUGAGAUCAUCCAUCAUCAACUCUCACGACAUCAGGCGCUUUUUAGUAAAAUCGAGACGUUGAGGGUGCUCGUGCAAAAACUGCCAUAGCAUGAAAACCCCUCCAAGUUAACGGAGUUCGUAAGGGUGCGCUCUGUAAAAGGAGGAAAAAGUUAUAUUUAUGUCAUAGAUGUAUUUUAGAGCAGCGCAGAUUAAAACCAGAAAAGUUAGAAAGUUGACAUUAGAAGACAGCGUGGGUGGAGAUGCUGCAAUGAUGUGUUAUGCAUGAUUUCUUUGAAUGCUGACAAAUUAAUUGUUGUUUAACUUUGUUGUAAAUCAUGAAGUAGAUGUAAAAAUGGAGAGAAAACCACAGGAACACGUGUCACCUUUCAGGAAGAAAGAAAGGUGAGAGGACUUCUGCUCUCAGUAAACCAGUUAUUUUUUCAAACCAGCAUCUUGUGGCCAUUAGAAGAACUGCAGCUUUUUACUGAUGAUUUAUGCCUCGAGACAAAAACAAAAUACUACACAUAGCACUUUUAAACAGGUUGUACAAAGCCGAGCCCUAUUUAUGACGCUGAAUGUGAAAACUAAUGUUAAGAGUUAUUAUUAAAAGCUACAUGUCCUGUUCAUGUUUUCGACUGUGUUGAUCCUGUUGGUGAAAACCGGAGAGUAACCACAAAAAUGUUUCUUUUGUUCUUUAAUAUUUAAUUUAAGAGUGAAAGCAUAGAUUAGUCUUGUUUCUCUGUUCUUCUAAUACACUUUAUGAGUGUAAGCGUGAAUAUUUGCCUCCAUUUAAUAACUGCUAAUGAUUUGUUCAACGCGAGUUUCGAAAUAUAAUUGCAGUUGCAGAUGCAGAUGCACAUAAUGUGAGCGUUGUGGUGAAGGGGCUGUAUCUCUAUUACAACACACUGGGCCUCAGGAACAAAUUCACUCCCAAGAUGCCCUGUGGAGUCUAAACAAACACACAUUUAUAUUCAGUGUUUUUCUCUUGGAGGUCUAACAAAUGUGUUGA